GAUGGACUAUCUGAAGGGUUUCUGAAGAUGCAGAACCUUUUUAGAAAAAUCUCAGAAUUAUACAACACCUCAAUACCCUGAAUUUGCUACAGCUAAGAAGCUCAAGCUGCAGGCAUUUAUAUACCUUUUACCUCCGUCUAUUAUUUUUCACCCUGCUAAGUUUUCCCUGGGGAUUUUACAGUGGGAAUUUACCGGGGUGUGUCCUGGCUGUGACAAUUCGAGUGAACUCUGAGUAACAAUGUAGUUAGUAGACUUUCUUCAAAAUUUCAAACAACCCACUUGGCAAUGCGGUGGGCGGCUAGUUUGAAGCCAGCAAGUCCAUCCCAGCAUUGCAUGUCCUUUCAUGGCAACACCAACAGAUCCAUCCUUUUGUUUUCUUAUCCUUUCAGUUUCUAAAGCAGAAGGAUGGCAGACUACACACCACUGCUAAUUCCAGGCACUGUAACCUGUAGCAUUUGUCUGGAUGCGUUUACGCAACUUGUCACAAUCCCUUGCGGACACAAUUGUUGUACAAGAUGCAUAAACCAUUGUUGGAAAGAGACAGACACAUAUGAAUGUCCAGUCUGCAAAAGCACAUAUUCAAAUAAGCUUGAGUUUCAGAUUAGUCAGCUGCAAAAUGAAACGACACAAAGACCCGUAAAUGGACAGGCUGGCGGACCUCGAGAAGAUGACGCAGAUUCUGAUGAGCCUUUAUGCGACUGCUGUACCGAAGGGAAGGUGAGAGCCAUCAACUCCUGCUUGGUGUGUGUGGCCUCCUACUGUGAGUAUCACAUCAAGCCACAUCGGGAAGUACCGGCUCUCAGGAGACACCAGCUUGUCAGUCCCAUCAGGAAUCUGGAGGACAGAAUUUGUCCUGCACAUCAGAAAAUCAAGAAUCUGUUUUGCAAAAGUGAUGACAUCUUUAUUUGUGGACUCUGUCAUGAGAAGGAUCACAGGAGUCAUGUUGUGUCUUCUGCAGCCAGUGCAAGGGCAGAGAAGCAGGUUGACAUAGAUGAGAUGCAUGUGGACAUUGAAAAACAACUUGGAAAAAGAAAGAAGGAACUGGAAGAUCUUAACUUAGCUAUGGAGUCAGUCAAGGUCAGUGCAAAGAAGGAGAAAGAGGACAGUAGAAAAGUUUUUGAUGCAUUGAUCUCUUCAAUCCAAGAAAGGAAGAAAGUAGCCAAUGAGAUGAUAGAAUCAAGACAGGCACUAUAUACGUCUGAAAUCUCUACUUAUAUGAAGAAGGUACACGAAGAAAUUGCUGAUCUCAAGCAAAAACAAAACCGACUGCUAAAGCUCUCAAGCACAGAUGAUCAUGUCAGUAUUGUUCAGUAUUUUCAGUCCAUCUGCACAAAGUCGACAGAUAAUCCUCUCCCUUACCUUGCCAUCAACACCAAAAUGAACUUUAAUGAAAUUUCUAAAGGAGCUAAUGUGAUGAAGGUACAGCUUGAUAGUAUCUGGGAAAGGAUAUCCACGGCAGUAACCAAGUCAAUGAAUCGAACCGUCGUUGUCUGUAAGAAGCCUAAACUGAAAGAGUGGCCAGUUAAAGGGCAAAUGCCAGCAAUAAAAAAAGCAUUUAAUAAGUUGACAUUUCCUGAAUUCUCAAAGAUGAUGAAACCUUCAGUAAAAUCUAACAAGAAGUCUCCAACGAAGGUGAAACAAGCUGUUUCUGUCCAAAGUAACGACAAUUUGUAUGAUGACAUUUGUGUUAACCCAGAACAAAUGGACGGUGAGGACAAAGGAGUGUGCGCGUUAGCACUUUUUGACUAUGAAACAGGUGAAAAGGACGAAAUUUCAUUUAACGUGGAUGAUAUAAUCACCAAUAUUACAAUGACUGAUGAUGGCUGGUGGAAAGGCUGUAGUCCAAAGGGACAGUAUGGACUUUUUCCUUCUAACUAUGUGGAGCUUCAGUAAGUGAAAGAAUUUGGCACAAACCCUAAAGAAAACAGCUCUUGGUUUCUGAACACAACUUUAUAUUGGAUGCCUUUUUGUUUGCAAGAUCUUCGCUAUUGGAAAUAAUGUUUUGGAUUAAUAUUCAUGCUACAAUAUUUAUUACUGUGACGCUUCAUGGAUCGUUUAAUGUUUUAUGUAGCAUUGGCAAAUGGACUCAUUCCAUCGGUUUUAUGUUGUGUAUUUUGCUGACCGCACUCUUGUCAAAAACAUGAACACACCUAGAGACAUUGUGAAAAAAAAUC